CCAUGGUCAUACGAUAAUCCGAUUGGCGGAUGCAUGUGUCACCCGGGUAACAGUAUGCCGAAUAGAGGUAUGUCGACCAAUCAGAGACAGGGCUACUAUUAUCAAUGUAGUUGAAGAGGUGGAGCUUCGGGGUCGUUAGUUGUGUCUGUAUCUUUUACUCUGAAAUCUUCGAGGAGACAUUGCUACUGGGGAGAUGGCCACGCGUUUAAGGCACAAUAAGAAAUGUACAGUUAUCGGGGGCUCAGGUUUCUUGGGUCAGCAUUUGGUGAAGAAGCUUCUGGAAAAAGGCUACACUGUUAAUAUUUUGGAUGUUCGAAAAUCAGUUGAGAAUGAGAGAAUUCAGUUCUUCAGUGCAGAUUUGUGCUGUAAAGAGGAUAUACUGCCAGCAGUUCAGGGUGUGAGCAUCGUGUUUCACUGUGCUUCUCCAGCACCUUCUAGUGACAACCGAGAACUCUUCUAUAAGGUUAAUUACAUAGGGACUAAAACGAUAAUUGAAGCAUGUAAAGAAGCAGGUGUUCAGAAACUGGUGCUGACUAGCAGUGCUAGUGUCGUAUUUGAAGGCUCCGACCUAAAAAAUGGUUCAGAAGACCUGCCAUACGCUAAGAAGCCCAUUGACUACUAUUCACAAACUAAGAUCUUGCAGGAAGUGGAAAUUCUUCGUGCUAAUAAUCCAGAACAGAACUUCAUGACAAUUGCAAUUCGUCCUCAUGGCAUUUUUGGACCUCAAGAUCCACAUUUAGUACCUGUCCUUGUACAGGCUGCGAAGACCGGCAAGAUGAAGUUUAUAAUUGGAAAUGGCAAGAACCUGGUGGACUUCACAUAUGUUGAUAAUGUUGUGCAUGGGUUGAUCCUAGCAGCAGAAAAUCUUCACCCGAAGUCAUACAUCUGUGGAAAGCAGGAGCACCAAUAGUAUAUUUUCAGGAAGGAGUUGCCUUGGAAGUGCUGAAUAUUAACCCUGGAGCAUAUGACGUUUCAUGGCAUCAGGUGAAACAAGAGCCAUGAAACCUCUUGUUGAUUACCACAUGCCACCCGCCUGCUGAUGAAUCCAUACUUCGCCAUGUUGACAGCCACUUGGAGGAAGAAAUGGUGGCAAAGGCACAGAAUGUACUCUGGUCGGUGACUUCAGUGGACUUCACCACCAGUGGCUCGGCAGCACUGCCACUAAUAACGAAGCAAUCCAUACUCAAAUGCACCAAGAUGUAGGUAGUUUCUAAAUUUGAGCUGACCAGUAGCGAGUAUCAUCUUGUUUGCCUUUUCAACCACCUUUAUCUACAUCAACUGGGCUGCACCAAUUCAAGAAGGCAGCUCACCAUCAUUCUUUGAAUGGCAAUAAAGGUUGGGAAUAAAUUGUGAAGCCCACGUCCCCUGAAUAAACAAUAUCAGAAAAAAAGAACUUGGUCUUCUAUUCAUGCUGGCUCUCUGCAAGAACAACUCCCUGAGUCGUACUUUGCCCUCCUUUCCUCUAAAGCGCUGUAGAUUUUCUUUUUCCUCAGAUAAUUGUCAAAUUCUCUAUUGAUAGCCUCACUUAAAUCAUCUUUCACCACAUUCUUGGGUAAUUCCAAAUUUUAUCGAGUUGUCAUUCCUUUUUUGUUAAGAAAGAGUUUUACUUCAUGUUGCCAAUUAUUCUCCUGAGUGACUUUAAAUCAGUGUCCCUUGGUUUUUGAUCCUUCUGUCAGUCAGAACAGUUUCUCCCUAAAUAAUCUGUCUAGACCACUCCAUUUUCAACACCCGUAUGAAAUGUACUGUAAUCGUCCCUACUCCAAGGAGGUAGGGGCUCCUGUGGUCCAGUGGUAAUGACCCACCAUGAACACAGGUCUCCUGGUUCAAAGUCUGCCUGCUGUAGCGGUGUGUCAUAACAUGUCUGAACAGGUUGAUUAGAAAAAACCUCUACUUCAUGGAGAAUAGACCCAACUUUGUCAAUCUGUCCUUGUAACUGAAGUUCCUCUUUCUCAUCCUUGGAACCAUUCUUAUGAAUCAUUUUUGCAUCCUGACUAAUGCCUUCAUAUCUUUCCUCAUUUGGAAUUAAUCCUGUACAAAGCUGUAACACAGCUGCAUUCAGACCCCAGCUCAAGCCAUUCCUGGAGACCACCAAAAGAUUACUUAGUGCAUCAGAGUGAAAUUAUCACUAUCAAUAUUAAUACAUGUAUUAUAGUCCAAAUACCUCAAUAAAUGUUAGCAAUUCAUGACCAUAUAUACAAAGGAGAUAGCCUUUACUUAUGCACCUAUCCUUUUGACAAAAUAAUGUCAUGAGAGCUUUUACAUCCACCUGGACAGCAGACAGGACUGCUCUUUAAUAUUUCAUUCAAAAGGUGAUGCCUUUGACCAUGGAAUGCUCCAUUGGUAUCAUCCAGAUCAUGUUGUAGUCUGUUGUGGGUUUUGUGAUACACCUUCAAACAUAAUCAAGAGUGCUGCCAUCCAAUUAACUGCAUGUUCAUGUUUUCCUAAAAUUAACAUUAUAGUCCUCCUAUGUUGCCCAUUUUAUUUUCUUUUAUCUUUAUACAACCAGUUCCAUCUCUGUCACACAAUCCCACUCCGUCCCCCACCCUCUCUCUCUCUCUUUCUCUUCCCCCCCCAACACAUACUCGCUCUCGCUCUCGCGCUCUCUGUCUUUCCCUCUUACACACACACGUUAAUGCACGCACACGUAAAUCAACGAGUGAAUUUGUAUUUGCAGAUACAUGCUAUUUUCUUCAAAAAACACACAAUGUAUGGACAGUCAGUCAACUGGGCAUUUUAUAAAUUCCUACUUUAGAAAUGAAACCAGUCCAACUCCAAACCAAAACACAAACAGAUCCUAAACAAGGCAUUACACUUAACAUACUUUGUCUGAUAUAAAAUGUCACUUUUUUUUUACACUGAUAAAACCUUUAGUUCUCACAGAACAGGGACUCAAAAGGAAUUUGUGGAUUUACAUGUACAUCUUUAUCGAUUAAAACCCUCUAACUGAUUAAAGAUUUAACAGCAUCUUACAUUUGUUUAGUACAUCCUCAUCAGUGGUGUGACCCUUUGAUCUUUUACUGAUAAAUUCUGAG